UCUGACUUAUUUUCUCUUGAAAACAACUUGUCUUUUGUCUGUAGGAGUCUGUGACUGCUACUUACUCAUACACAACAAUAGAACCCACUGCUCUGUGAUCUGCAGUGAAGAACUGCAUUCAAGGCUUUGUCAUGUUUAGAAAUAUGAUGGGGCAUAUAGAUUUGAUCCUCCUGUCUACCUUCCUCUCGGUUUCCAUGACAUCUGAAACAUUUGAUUCUGUGGAAGGUGAGGCUUUAGUUAUAAAAUGUCCCAAGGGGAAUUCACCUGUGAAAAUCACCUGGCAUCACACGGAUACUCUCAAAAUAAUUCCUGCAGAAGAGGAAGGAUCACGAGUAUUUUCCGUAGAAAAAUUUCUUUGGUUUCUGCCAACUUCUAGAGAGGAUUCUGGAAACUACACUUGUGUAACACAUUUUUCAAGUAAUCGCACAAAGUCAUACAACGUGAGUGUGCAAGUGCAUUCAUACAAGCCAGGAGAAUGUUUCCCAAGUCCGAUUCGUUACCCAAAUGACACUGGAAGAGGAAAAAUUGUUUGUCCUACCAUUGAUAACUAUAAGAAUGCUACUAUUGUCCAGUGGUAUAAGGACUGCAAACCUCUUCAGGGACAGAGAUACUUCAAAAAAGAGAAAUAUAUUUAUAUUGAGAAUCCAAGAAGGGAGGAUGAUGGUUAUUAUACUUGUCACUUUAUUUAUACCCAUAAAGGAAAUGUGUUUAAUGUAUCAGCAACAAGAAUUUUCAUAAGUGGGGUGAAAUACGCACCUCUACCACCUCAAAUCAUAUUUCCAAAGAAUAACGAUGUAGUAGAGACAGAGCUUGGUGCUUCUCUGUCUCUGAGAUGUCAGGCUCGGCUGGGGAUUAAGAAACAGCCACUGGCUGCUGUCAGAUGGGAUGUGGAUAACAUCCCAGUGGAAAACCUUGUUUUUUCAAGAUUUCAUGAAGAAACUCAUUUUUUUGAUGGACAUGAGCAAGUAUACUAUGAAGAGAGCAUUUUGAAUAUUACUGAAGUAAAAAAGGAAGAUCUGCAGUCAAAUUUCACAUGUAUAGCAUUGAACACAAUGUACAACACAAGAGUCACGGUGACAUUACAACUCAAAGUGCAAGCUAAGGAGGUUCUUCCUAAUGUCCUCCUGAUCACAGGAUCUCUAGCUGUGCUAGGUGCAAUAGCACUCUCAGUUAUCCUUUACCAGUCCUUCCAAGUUGAUAUUGUCCUGUUGUAUCGGGAGAUAUUCCAGCCCCACUCAGUCAAGAAUGAUGGAAAGAUAUAUGAUGCGUAUGUUAUCUACCCCAAAAACCACACCAGUGAAGCUAAUUUUGUGGAGUAUUUUGUUUACCAGAUCAUGCCAGAUAUUCUGGAAAAUAAAUGUGGAUAUACAUUGUGUAUUUAUGGGAGAGAUAUAUAUCCUGGAGAAGAUGCAGUCAGUGCAAUUGAGAUGAGGUUGCAGAAGAGCAGAAGGUUGAUCAUCCUGCUAACACACCAGCUGGUUAAUUCUAAAGAAGAUGCUUUCGAUCAACACAUUGCUUUAUACAAUGCCCUCAUUCAAAAUGACACAAAGGUGAUCCUUUUGGAAAUGGAGACAAUUGGGACUUAUGAGAAGCUUCAGGAAUCUCUUAGGUUUAUUAUUAAGCAGCAAGGAACCAUCAAAUGGAAAGAGGAGCACACGGUGCACCCACAGUCACCCAGUUCUAGGUUCUGGAAACAGGUGAGGUACCAUAUGCCACUGACACACAGGCCCUCCUCACACUUGGCUGACACCACGUGAACAGUCUUGGAGAGCAGAGCUGCACUAUCAGGAUGGAUUACAGCCCACAGUUGCUUUCCUUUCAGAAGGUAGGUGACUAUAUAGUCUGGAAGUCUGGCUGUGUUUUUUGAACUUUUUUCAGUCCUUCAGUUGAGUAAUGAAUGGAAGAGGUUUAGGAAACAGAGAGGACAUUUUAUAGGUAUGAGAGUUCUGUAAAGAAAUAAUUCUAGAUUUUGUGGAGAAUUUUGUAUGUCACAGAAAACAAAAUGUACCUAUACUCUUUCUAUAUAUAGUUGUAUAUAUAACAGAAAGUUGUGAUUGUGAAUAACUGAAUGCCUUGCAGGUUUACUUUAUCUUUCUAAUGCAGUUGAUAAAAUAUAAAUACCUAUUGUAUUAUUUGACUAGAAAGUAUAAUGUGCAUUUUGCAACUAGAAAGUAUAAUCUCAUGCUUUUUUAAACUUUUAUUUUCUGACACAUACUCCUCUUUGAUUCAAUAGUGAUACUCACAAGAUGAAAUUUUAUUUUUCCUUAGUAUGGCUGCCUCACUAAAGGGUCUUUUGAGACUGAUGUGAAUAUGGUGUUAAGGUAAAGAAAUGCACUUAUAUAUCUAUAUAUCUAUAUAUAUAAAAAAGAUGCAUUCUUACAGGAAAUAAAUGCAUUGAUAUAUACAUAUAUAUAUUACAUGCAUUGUUAAGGGAAAUAAAUGCACUGAUACAUAUAAAGGAAUUUUAUAUGCACAUUAAAAUAUUUAAUGUAUCUAUUAAAAUAUUAAAAUGAGUGUCACACAAAUGGGAAAUUUGAUGUCUUUCAAGUACAAUAAUCAUGCUGUUACUAUAAUUAUUAUCUCCAGAUAGAACUAACAUAUUAAAAUUUAGGAUGAUCUUUUGAUACACUGACAGCAUUCCUUUAAGCUACUGAAAAAAUAGACUGCUUUUUUAUAACAAGGAUUAUCCACCUUUUUUUCCAUGCUUUGGCCUCAUGUGUAGUUAUACUUUCUGAUAGGAAAUAAUCUUAAAUGCAAAGGUCAGAGCCAAAUCUCCUUCUAGUUCAGGGGAACAGGAACAAGAUAUAUCCUUCUACAGGUAUCUCUGCAAACUUUAAUCUAUUUUGAUUUUCAAACCCAGGAAAUUCUUAUUGUAAGAGAAGGCUUAGUUUUCAGCUUUAGACUUGCUACAGAAUAGACUUAAAAAGUGAAAAUUAGAUGCAGAACACUCAUUGUUACCAACUCCAGGAUUACAAACAGGCAAGUUAUUUCAUUUUACUGUAAGUUUUUAUUGAAUAUGGAUCUUCAGACUUAUGGAUAACUAUUUGGAGUGGAAAAAAAUGUGCAUAAAAUAUAUGUAUGGAUAUUUUUAGCAUUCAAUUAAAAGAUGUAUGGCAAACUAGACAGUUUUUCACUUAUGAGUUGUAUUUUCAAGCGUUCAUUCACACAUUGCUCACUUCACCACAACUAAAAAGCAUCAAAUGUUGCAUUUUGUAAUUACCUCAGAUUGUGUGCAGUGUUGAGUCCUGUUCCUAAAGGUACCUCUGGAUAAACCUUACUGUCUCUGUGGAGGCCCCACAAGAUGGAUUCAUGCCAGUGUGCGACUUGGUUUAUUCCUACAGUACCAUUUCUUCCCACAGGGAGCAGAACAACACUAAGGUAUAUGUAAAAACAGGAACCUAUUGCUAUAAACUAUGAAGACUUUUCAUAUAAGCUGUAGAGUAAGACAGAAUAUUCACUUCCAAGAUUAUCACAGGAUAAGUUCUUAAUACAGUUUGAGUCCUGGGCUUGUGGAGUGAGUACAGCAAAGGGCCAUGAGGUUGGUGAAAGGAUUGGAGCAUCUUUCCUACAAAGAAAAGAAGAGAGAGCUGGGACUUUUUAGCCUGGUGAAGUCCCUCACCUGAAGGGAAGGUAUAAAGAAGAGGGAGUCAGGCUCAUCUCAGUGAUGCCCAGUGACAGGAACAGAGGCAAUUGGUGAAAACCUAAAAACAAGAGAUUCCCUCUGAACAUCAGAAAGGCUUUUUUUUUCUUUUUUUUUUUUUAUGGUGAAGAUGACCCAGCACUGGCACAGGUUGCCCAGGGAAGUUGUGAGUCUACAGCCUUGGAGAUACUAAAAAACCUCCAGGUUGAUUCUGGCCAAUCUUGAGCAGGAGGGUUGAUUAGAUAACUUCCAGCAGUGUCUUUCAUCCUCAAUCAUUGUUUGAUAUGCAACUUAUAAACAACCUAGAUUUUCAAAAACAUUUUCUUUUAAAUUAAAAUUGGCUUUUUGUACUCACAAGUCUGCAUUCAUGGAAUAACAAUGAUAGUCUGCCCUAGCCCCCUCCUCCCCCCAGUAAGUAUUCUUUCAACAUAGAAAUAAAUAAACAUAGAAAUAGUAACAUAGGAAUAAACAUAGAAAGCUUAUAGAAGAUUCAGUUUGCAUGUUUUAAGCUUAAACUAAACAGCACCAAGCCAAUUUUGUAGCUGAAUUAUACUGUCCACAAAGAGUUUUAACCUUCUUUAGUUUCUCCCCCGUGCUUCUGUGGUUUUGGCACCUCAAGGGACUCUGGAGAGCAGAUUUGCUUUCACUUCCUGAUAGAGCAGAGUCAUCCUGCCCUCUCGUGGGUGAGCAGGCACUCAGAGAUUCUGACCAGCUAGAAAUACUUUAGGGUUGAGAUUUGAUGUUCCUACAGCUCAUAUGGUUGUGAAGCCCAAGAGACUUACCACUUAAAGGAAGGUUUUAGAAGUUUGUGAGAGUUUUUGUAGAAAGCUGUUAUUUGUUAUGCAACAUUAAUAUCUUAGAGCAUUGGACAAAGCCUGUUUGGAAGAUGAUGUGUAAAAUUGAUAGUAUAUUAAAUUGAAUGUACCUUAUAUUAAAUUGUACGUUCCUUACUCUUUAAAGGGUUGAAAAACUACAGCUGUUGUUUUAGACACAAAUCAUGCAUAUCCAGCUGUGUUUCAGACAGUGGGAAGACACUGGAUACUGUAUAUCUUGUAGUGAGCAAGGUCCUUGACACAAUCUCUGCUAGACAGACAGAUCCAAGAAAGUGAUCAGAAAAACAGUGGGACCUGUGGGAAUAACAGGUCACGAGCAGCAUACAAACCUCAGCUCACAGCUAAUUGCUAGAGGCAUCCCUCACGGAGUGAUAUCUGUACCAAGAAUGUUUAGCAUCCUUAUUGAUGACCUUGACAAUGGGACAGACUGCACAACCAACGAAUUUUCAGUCACAAUCAAACUGGGGAGGGAUAGUUGACCCACUGGAGCACAGGGCUGCUCUUUUGGACAGAAAUUGGCUGAAGAAAUGGAUUGAUGAGAAACCCUCAAUGUUCAAUCCAAGGCAUGUGCUAGGUGCUGUAACUGAGAUGAAAUAAAUCCAUUCAGCAAUGCAGCCUGAAGGUCAACCUAAUGCAAAAUAGCUUUGCAGAAAUAGACUGGAUGUCCUGGUUGACACUAAAGUGAACACAAUUCAGCAAUGUGUCCUUGUGACUCGGGUGACCAACGGCAGUCUGCACCUUACUAAUGAGAAUGUACUUGUGGAAAGUGAUUAUUCUCCAGAUGCAGCAUUUGUGGGACCAUCCCUGGGGCACGAUGUCAAGUUUUGGACUCUUUAGUACAACUGAGGAGGUACUGAUAUAUUGAAGUCCAUGGGAAGACCACCAAGAGCACAAAUCAUACAGGGAGAGGACAAGAGGCCCUGUUUCUACCUACAGUAAUCUAAUGAAAAGACAGAGAGAAUGAAUGGAACCAGACUCUUCUCAAAUAAGCUGAAAUGGGACAAAAAAGUAACUGAGACUAAUUAGAACAUAGGAAAUUUAUAUUACAUACUAGGAAAAAAAAAAUCACCAUAUGCAUGUUCCAAAACUGGAACAUGUGCCCAGAUAAGUUGUGGAAUCCCCAUCCUUGUUAAUAUUCAGGGCUCAUUUGUUGCACCCUGAAGAGGGGUUGCACCUGAGGACUCCCAGAGGUCCCUUCAAACCUGAAUUAUCCUGUGAUGCUGUGAUGUGGAGGAAUGUUUGAAAGUGUCCAACUUCUGUAUUUUAAAAUUUCUGAGAAAUGUAUCAGGCUCUAACAUUAUCAGUUUGUAACCUGCUUUUUUGACAUCAGAGGAAGAUAAUGCUGAAAAACUAUUGAAUGUGACUUAACAUGUGCUAAAAAUUAAUAUAACUUGUAUACAGAGAUAAUAGAUGUAGCUUAAGAAGAACUAUUUCCCUAACAGCAAAUGGGUUUAAACUGUGGUUACAGGAGCUGAAUGUGUUGCAAUUUAUGAUGGAAAUAGUUUCAGUUUUUCAGUUAGCACCUCUAUAUAGUUUAUGUUGAAUGGAAAGGAAGAUGUGAAAAACUGUGUGAAAUAACUGGUUUUCUCUAACUGAUUCUCAACUGGUCAGGUUGUCAGAGCUUCAUUCAAAAAUCUGUUUUCCAAUCUUAGUGCAAACUUUCAUGUUCAUAGUGACAUUUUCAAAAUUAAAAUCUAAAUUGUAGCUAUUUUUAGUCAAGUUACAUAUCUGUUACCAGACCAUAACUUAUCCAUUAAAAUUGUAUUAGUCUGAGACUAAAAAGUGUAAAGUUUAUUCUCCUUUCACAUAUGUUCAUGUACCACACAGCUAGCUAUGACAUUAGUUGAAAGGAUCAAUUGAACAGACCACAUUCUGCAAUGCAGAUUAAAGUUCAAAAACUUGAGAAUAUUUUAAAAGAAUAUGAAAGCAAAUGUGAGAAAAGCUCAUGGAAAAUAUUGCUGUAAAAGACUGAGUCAAAAAAAGAAGUUUCCAAACUGUCACUAUGAAGACAGUCUAUGAAAGCAAAAAAGCUGAUGACAUUUUACUUUACCAUUUUAUUUGCUGGCUGCUAAAUAGUUUUCAGAGUAUCAUAUAAAA